AUGGCGCAAGAAAAACGUCUGUCUACCCAUGAGAUCUCGAACCACAACACACCAGAUGAUUGCUGGAUAGUUGUAGAUAAUCAAGUGUGGGAUGUAACGAAUUUUUUGGACAAGCACCCCGGAGGAUCCACGAUUAUCUUAAAAUAUGCCGGUCGAGAUGCCACCAAGGCGUACUCCGAAGUCCACACCCCUGGACUUUUAAAGGCAGAGUUGGCGCCAGAGCAGUACAAGGGCAAGCUUGACGAGUCAACGAUACACGAAGACUGGGACAAACAGCCGGCGAGUGAAAAGCCCGAGGCGGUAUGGGAGAAUGACAAGCCGCCACUGGAAACGCUGAUUAAUUCGCACGACUUUGAGCAUGUCGCGUCUAGAACUGCCAGUAAAAAGACAUGGGCGUUUUACUCAAGUGCUGCGACGGAUCUCAUCACACGCGAUGCAAAUAAGUCGUGCUUUGACCGUAUUUGGUUUCGACCUCGAGUUCUGAGAAAUGUGCGGUCUGUGGACACAAAGUCCAAGAUCCUUGGAGUCGAUCUCUCUAUGCCAUUAUUCGUCAGCCCUGCGGCCAUGGCGAAACUUAUCCACCAGGAUGGUGAGUGCGCCAUCGCACGAGCGUGUGAGAGCAGAGGCAUCAUGCAAGGAAUAUCGAAUAAUUCCUCUUACACGAUGGAAGAGCUCAAGAACGCUGCUCCCGGAGCAAGCUUCUUCUUCCAAUUAUAUGUAAACCGAGACCGUGAAAAGUCAGCAGCACUACUACGUCAAUGCUCAGCAAACCCUAAUAUCAAGGCUAUUUUUGUGACUGUAGAUGCAGCAUGGCCAGGAAAACGGGAAGCAGAUGAGCGAGUUAAGGCUGAUGAGAACUUGUCAGUCCCAAUGUCGCCAUCGCAGGCAAAGAAUGACAAAAAGGGGGGUGGAUUAGGUAGGGUAAUGGCAGGGUUCAUUGACCCUGGGUUGACGUGGGAGGAUCUUGUGUGGGUUCGGAACCAUACCCACCUUCCUGUAUGCCUGAAAGGGGUUAUGUCUGCAGACGACGCCAUCCUGGCAAUGCAGGCAGGGCUUGAUGGUAUCCUGCUAAGCAACCAUGGAGGACGUAACCUCGACACAAGUCCCCCGUCCAUUAUCACCCUCUUGGAACUUCACAAGCGCUGCCCAGAGAUCUUUGAUAGGAUGGAAAUCUACGUGGACAGCGGCAUCCGACGGGGAUCAGACAUCCUGAAAGCCAUCUGUUUAGGCGCAACCGCGGUGGGCAUGGGACGCAGUAUGCUCUUCGCAACCAACUAUGGUCAGGAUGGAGUGGAGCAUCUGAUCGAUAUUAUGCGGGAUGAACUGGAAACCUCUAUGCGUAACAGUGGAAUCAUCUCGCUCGAUGAAGCCGGCCCUCACCUAGUCAACACGGGAGAUGUCGACCACCUCGUGCCCGACAGUCGUCUACACCCAUAUGCUCGGAAGAUCGCCAGGGGCCGAAAUUCCAGAGCAUCAAAGCUCUAA